AUGGCUUAUUUGCGUGCCGAAUUUCCAUCCAACGGUGAAAGGGCACUUAUGCAGUUGCAUAAUAAGAAAUUUUUUGAUUGGUUUCGUGAACGAGUAAUGAGUGGAUUGAAUGAUACUAAUGUGACCGAUACAGUACGGUGGCUUGCGUGCUUAUAUCUCAUGGAGGACGAUCAUGAUCCUCGUUUGGUAGAGGACAUUGACGAUGAUGAGUAUGAGGACGAGUACGAGGAUGACGACUCCGAUGAUAGUGAUGCUCCUUAUGAUGUGAAUAAGGAGGAUGACUUAGGUGAGCCAGAGGAUCAGGCUCAAGAUGAGUUCGAGCGUAGGCUUGACGAUUUUGAAAUGUCAGCUGAACGUGCACCGGCCAUUGAAAAUACAGGAUGUGAGAUGGUUGGUGAGAACCCGACUCCUGAAAGUCAAGGCCAAGGACAAGAUGAAAACAACACAGGUGGUGGAGGGGGGGAAAAGGCACCGGCUGAAAGAAAAACAAGGGGUCCGACGAAAAGCUUUAAGAAACCGGACGGUCCCAUGGUCUUGGAGUAUGACAACAAAGGCCAACCCGGGCCCAAAUGGAGUCAACAAUAUGCUAAUCAAGUUGGCUUAUGUUCGCGGAAAAUCCCCAUUACACUUGUAAUGCGGCAAGUACCUCCAGGUUUGAUUCAAGCGUUUUGGGAUGAUACAAGGAAACCAAUAAUCGGUUUUAAUUUGUGCUUGCAGGGGCAGUUUUCUAUUCCUAAUGAUCCCGAGAAGAAAAGGGUGUUUGUCUCUUUAUUAGGGGAAAUAUUCAGAGGCUUUAAGACCAAGUUGACUAAUCGGUGGAUCCAUAAGAAGAAGAAGGUGCAAACAAAGAAGAAGAAUGCCAAAGAGAAUAACCGUCUCCCGUGGCAAAUAUGGCCGACCGUGUCAAAAGAUGAUUGGGAAGAGUUCGUUAGAAUGAAGAGUCAAAAGAAAGCCAUUGAACUUCGAGAGCAAAAUCAAGCGAAUGCAGAAAAGAAGGAAUACGUCCAUCGUAUGGGUCCUAAGACUUUUGCUGAAAAGAGACCUGAGUGGGCCGCUUCGGGUUUAUACCCUAAAGCGCUUCUAGUGGCAUCGAAGGAACCCUCUAGUUCCACGAUCACUACCUUGGUGAGUCGUGCCGGUGAUUUCUUUUGUUCUCUCCAUUCGUUUGAUAAGAAAACCGGAAAAUGGUUCAUCAAGGGUCCGGAAGCCAAAAAACUGGCGGAUAAGCUACUUGAGCACACUCAAGAGAUGGUGGAGGGCAAAUUUGAACCAAGUGUUGAGAAUGACCCUUUCACCAUGGCUUUGGGAAGGCCAUACCAUCCAGGACGAGUAGUAGGUUCGGGAGGGUCAUUGCUUGGAUGGAAUAAGGUGAUGGGUCCCGAAUACACAAAAUCGGGUACAUCUCGAGCCAGUGUUAACUCACCGGGGGAGUUGGAUGCCAAGGUGGCAUCAAUUAAGGAACAAGUACGCAACGAGUUAGUUGGUGAAUUGAAUGCUUGGGCGAAGCUGAUGAACUUACCGACUUUGCCGUUUCUCACUCGUACCCCGGUCGACUCAUGUUCUGAACCAAAAGGACAAGGAGAAGGUGAUAGACAUGGAGGAGAUGAGAUACGUGGUGAAGAUGUGCCACCUCAGGAAGACACCAGGUGUGCACUUCUAGCCCCGGGGCAUGCAAAUAUACUGUGUUGA